AUGUCGCACUACAACACGGGCAUCGGCAGCAAUGUGCCCUCUAUUCUGGACAUGUGCAGCGGUCUCACCGCCUUCUUGGUGGACUUCAUUCAAGUUGUGCUCGGCCAAACGCAGACAAGUUUCCAGGCGGCGGCACCGGAAGACAGCGACCCUGGCGUGUACGACGCAGAUACGCGAAGCUGGUGCGGCGCAGAUGGGCUUCGGUACCGCGUUCCUCUCUUUCCGAUCCCUAGCGAGCGUCACGCGCGCGAGAAGGUGCGCAACGUAAAGAUCUUGAUGGACAACUGCCGCCGCAUCUGCAUGUCUGACGAGCUGCCGGCGACCAAGGACGAAAAGAAAUUCUGGACCUCGUACCGGUUCAUUCAGUACCAGCUGUUUCUGGCUCCUGCUUGCAUUGUCACGCCGCCCGUGUACGUCUUCUUUAAGGUCUUCCAUGACAAGCUGCCGCGGUUUCUGCGUGGUCGCACGACGCCCAUUCUGACGGGCCUUGCCGUCGCGGAGGUGUGGUCGGAGGCGACCUACCCGGGCUACCAGCUACUGUCGACGGCUCUGCGCGCCAAGACGCCGAUGGGCGAUGUGGCGCGGGCAGAGUGGACACGGCUGCAGCCCAUCGACAUCCCCUUUUACAUAUUCAGCGCCUACCAAUUCCAGCAAAUCUUCAACUCUGUACCAGAGGAAUACCUCUUCGGUGGAGAUUUGGCCUCGCUCUGCGGUUGA